UGCGCGACGUGCAUAGCAACACUGGGAAGGCAGAGGAGAAGAGGGAUCGUUUUAUGCGCAUUUUUGGGACGAAAAGAGAAACCCCCUAAACAGACGCUCAGGAAUCAUGGGGAGUGUGUUCCUGCCGGCGGACGCGGCCCACUCGGUGCUGCACAGGCUGCGCAGGGCCAACUUCUUGCUAGAGGAGAUGAAGCAGGGGAACAUCCAGAGGGAGUGCCGCGAGGAGAUCUGCACCUACGAGGAGGCUCGCGAGGCUUUCGAGAACGACGAGAAGACGAGACGCUUCUGGGAGGAAUAUGUGCGGGAGAGCAGUCCAAGCGGGGGGCUGGAGACGGUGGGGGGGGUCCACUCUCUCUACCUGAUCGUGCCGUUGCUGCUGGUGGUGCUCAUCAUCGUCGCCGUGGCCAUCACUGUGUGGCGCUGUCACUCUCGCAAGCGUUCGCAGCGCAGCCCCAGCCAGGGACACUCGCACCACGACCACGUCCUGUCAGUGGUCUCUAUGGACCAUUGGGGGAGGGACUUCCACCAGGGGGACCAUUCAGAACUCAGUGUGCACAGCAGCCCCGCCUAUCCAGGCUCAGAGCCCACAUCAGGGAGAGGAGGCACCGGAGACCCGCCACCAUCUUAUGAGGAGGCUGUGGGCCACACAGACGUCCAGAUAGAGACGGAGCCCCCGCCCCAGUACGAGGAUAUAGUCAACACUAGCUCUGGAGGCCGGGGGAAGUAAAGGGGUCUCUCUCUACCGCCCCAACAGAAGCCCUAACACACACUAAGACCAUCUGAUGAAUGAGCAGAAUCACUGUUGUGGAACCACCAGCCUUCUCCCCUCAACACACACAGACUGUUAACGGUCUGCUCGAUGGACUGAUACAAUGUUUGCCCAGUGCCAGCGCUGUUGAGCUUUGCACUAAUCUUUCAUCGAUGAAGUGAAGUAAUAGUAGGAAGGAUGUUGCAAUACCAAAACCAACCAGCCUCAUCUGAUUUUCCUCAACUUCCAUCUGUCACACUGAUGCAAGUAUUUCACUCGGCAGGCAUAACAAAUGUUGCAUGUUGCGAAUAAAAAAAGGGUUCAGAUUGCCAUAAUGGAGGACAACUAUUCUAAAAGUGUAUAGGGUUGGACCAAUGGUUUAUUGAAGGGUGAGUGCCAAUUUUGUAGAUCGUCUGCACAUAUUUUGUACUUAAAUUAAACCUUUGUGUGGUCCAAAACAUGGUAUUUACUACGGUUUUGCCCCAAUCUAUACCAUUCUUUGCCAUCUUAAAACAUCUCUAUUGAUUUUUAUCAACAUUUCAAGGAUUGAAAACGUAAUCCCAAUACGAAUGUGAAUCGGUUUUAAAUGCCUCUGAACAGCGCACACAGAGAGAGAGAGCUAGGCUACUACUAUGAAUGCAAUUACUUUUUACUUUCUAUAGAACAUACUUAUUUCGAAAGUCAUUUACAUUUUGAAUAUUGCAUACUUUUGCAAAAAUGUUGCUUGGCAUUAUUCUGAAAGAGCAUUUGUUCUAGUGGAACACAGAGAAAUAUGGCUCCAAUGAAUGAUUGUUCACCACCAGAGUUCAGAAAGAGAGAAGCAAUUAGAAAACCAAGCCAUGGUUUUGAUUGUGUAACCUGUAAGCAAACGAUGAUGCAGUUUCACUCGUUAGCUCUGGCUUGGUCGACUGACUCCCAACACAAACAUUUGUUGUUUUAGGAUGCUUGGCUUGUUAAUUGUAGAAAUUGUAAAUGACUGUCCGGAGAUUUAUAGUUAAAGGGAGUUUUGAGACCAAACAUUAGGUAAAUGAUCAGGUUUCAGAACCAAAACACUUUCCACAUUAAUGUAAUCCAUGUUUGAACCUUAAAGAAAUACAAUUUUACAGGAUUAAAGAGUCAAGAUGCCAAAGGAAUGCAUGGUCCAACUUCAGUAUACACUUGAAUGUUUUGGAGAUACAUAUGUAAGAUAAAACCAGCAGUAAUGUGUAUGUGUGUCGUAUGUGCUUACAGUGUGUGAUGCAUGCAGCUGGGUCUGGAUGUGGCUCUGCUCCGUCUGUUCUCUGGUCUGUUGGCAGUUAUCAGAGCCUGCUUUAACUGUGAAAAUGUACUCUUUCCUCUAAAGCAAAUGUAACCAUGUAGGAAAUUAACACAGUCUUCUGCCGUGCCACUUUCACUAAAAGCACACUGAGGAUUCUCACGAGCAACACCAUUAAUGGAAGUUUUGGAGUGACUUGCAUAGGAUUGUGGGACAGGAAGCAAUAGAAACAGGCGCUUUGGAAAAAUGUGUAUAAGAGGGAAGAGAUUCUGUAAUUAACGACACUAUGGACAAUUCCACGUUUAGCAUGUGUAAUGUACCUGUAUAUAAAUAUGUAUAGUCUUAGUUAAGGUGAUUGUUUUUCAUUGCAUAUGGGUGCAGUGACACAGGUAAAGCUAGUAUACAGUAGGUUUGGAUACAUUAAGGACCCGGUGGCAUGUGGUGCAGUGGAUAGAGCCUUGGUGUUGGGAACAAGGGUUCAACAGGUUCAAACCCCACAGCAGUCAGCAUGUCGUUGUGUCCCUGGGCAAGACACUUCACCCCAAAUUGCUCCUGUGGGGAUUGUCCACAGUAUUGAGUAUGUAAGUCGCUUUGGAUAAAAGCGUCUAACAAGUGACAUGUAAUGAAGGCAUUUAGUGUUUGAGCUCAAACUGAGCUUUUGGAUGAAAGCCCGGACAGUGGCUUGACGUCUGCAGCGUCACUUUCAACUGUUACAAUGUCACUGUAAUCUUCUGGAAAAAAGUGCUCAUACUCUAUAUGCAAUGUUGCUGCAUACACUCUAAAAACCAAAUAUAUCUGUCUAAUAAUACUACUCAUAAAUUUCACAUUUUCUGGUUACACCUCAGACUUUGAGCACUGAUUAUUAUACUUUUUGUGAGUUGACCUGUGAACCUCAGCACUUGCAAUGACCUUUAACUGAGUUGUGCUGGGAGGGGGGGCAGCCAUUUUGGUAAGGUCAGUUUUUGGACUGUUACUGUUUUUUUACAAUGCCUUAUUAAACAAAAUGUUAUAUAACAUUAAAUGCAAGAAAGGUUGUUAUACAUUCUUGAUAUGUGCAGAAGCUUGAAUUCAUUUGUAAUAAAACACGGAAAAUGUGCAACGUGCGUUUCUUCAA